AUGCAGUUCAGUACUUUCAUUGGUCUCGCGCUUACGCUGGCGUGCGCGAACGCCACUUUGGACCCAGCAACCUCAAACAGCAAGGGAAAGUGCCCAAAGACCAUGGCAUGCUCUGCUACCAAGGUCUCUAAGGCCAUCCAGGCGGCUGAGUGCUCCCACAACACUCGCACACACGAGACUCAGACCUUCGCUGUCUUCGAGACCGAUCAUCAGUACGACGACAGCCACGGUGCACCAUACGGCAACUGUUCAGCGUACACCUGUGGGGUGCCAACCUCGUUUACAUCCGAUGCAGACUGCUGGACCUUCUUCUGGAGCGGCAAAGGCACUAGCUCUGGUGUCGGCACUGGCUGCAUCCGGGACCCAAACACUAGCGAGUGCGGCUGCGAGAACAGCGAUGGCGAGUUCAUCGCGGGAAGUGAUAGCUGCGAGUAG